ACAAAAUACAAAAUGUAACUAUAAAAACCGUGGCGACUCCCCAUGCCUCCCUCCCUAACGCAGCAGGCAGUACCAUAGUUCGGUGCUUCCACUGACACUCAAACAUUAAGAGAGAGAAAUCUGAGACUCUGAGCGAGAGAGAGAGAGAGAGAGAGAGAGAGAGAGAGAGAGAGAUGGGGGUUGUGUUGUUCAUUGUGGCUGUACUACUCGCCGUCGGCACCACCGCCGUUAGAAGCUGCCCGCCGUCGGAGCGGGCGGCUCUCCUGGCCAUAAAAUCGGCUCUACACGAGCCGUACUUGGGCAUCUUCAACUCGUGGACGGGCACCGACUGCUGCCACAACUGGUACGGCGUCAUCUGCGAUCCCACCACAGGCCGCGUCGCUGACCUCAACCUCCGCGGCGAGUCCGAGGAUCCCAUCUUCCGCCGUGCCGGUCGGACCGGGUUCAUGACCGGUUCGAUCUCCCCUUCCAUUUGCAAACUCACCCGCCUCUCGAGCAUCAUCAUAGCCGACUGGAAAGGCAUUUCCGGCGAGAUCCCGCAGUGCAUCGCGUCGUUGCCGUUCCUCCGAAUCGUCGACCUCAUCGGGAACCGGAUCUCCGGCCAGCUCCCCCCCGACAUUGGUCAGCUCGGCCGGCUCACGGUGUUCAACGUCGCUGACAACCUCAUCUCGGGCCGGAUCCCGCCGUCCAUCACGAGACUCUCGUCGUUGACGCACUUCGACAUUCGGAACAACAAAAUCACCGGCACGAUUCCCCGGGCGUUCGGGAGCCUCCGGAUGCUGAGCCGGGCUCUGAUGAGCCAGAACCGGUUGUACGGCCCAAUUCCGAACUCGAUACCGACCAUGUACCGGCUCGCCGAUUUGGACCUUGCUCAGAACCGUAUUUCGGGUCCGGUACCGGAAUCCUUGGGGAGAAUGCCGGUUCUUUCGACGUUAAAUCUCGACGGCAACGCGAUUUCGGGGAGAAUACCGGCGAGUUUGCUAACAUCUUCCUUGAACAUACUGAAUCUGAGCCGAAAUUCCUUCGAGGGAAACAUACCUGACGUUUUCGGGCCGAGAUCGUAUUUUAUGAUGUUAGAUUUGUCAUUCAAUAAAUUGAGAGGUCCAAUCCCGAAAUCGAUUUCGUCAGUUUCGUAUAUCGGGCACUUGGACGUGAGUCACAACCACUUGUGCGGGAAGAUUCCUCAGGGGGAGCCCUGCGCUCGCCUCGAAGCGACGUCGUUUGCUUACAACGAUUGCCUCUGCGGGUUCCCGCUGAGAGCUUGUUAAUGUUUCGGCCGAUAUGUUUCGGAUUGUACCGAAAUGCUGUAUAAGACGGAUAGAGACUCGGAUGCGAAGUUGUAUGCGCUGCCACCAAUAAAACGACGACGUAGAAGCAGUGUGAGUCAUCUUAGUGUGAUGCCUUUUUUUUUACAGAACCACAUACCUCAAUAUAUUUAUUAUGUAUCUUUUGUUUAUGUAAUAUUUAUAUAUACUAGUAAUAUAGUUUUUGAGUCAAA